AUGACAGAAUUGCAUCCUCAGGCCUCAGAAGUAGGCAUAAAAUUAGGUUCAGAUCAUUUGCGUGGAUCUCGGCGUCGUCGACAAAGGAAGAGAUGUGAGCAAUCCAAAGAUGAGGAGCUAGUAAAGUUAUACAAUCCCCAAUGGUUAUAUGAGCAGGUCUCUACUGCCAUCCUUACUGGAUCAGAACAGGAAGCAGCAGCAUAUUUGCUCUGGCUGUGUAAAGAUCAGAAGAAGGUCUUGGAUGAUAUUGGGAGACAUGCCUUACAUGUGGCAGCCAAUACAGGGAAGAGUGACCUCAUUACAUGGCUACUUAAGUCACCUGGUAUCCUGCUCAAUGAGAAGAAUCUGGAAACUGGAUCUUUUGCCCUUCACCAAAGUCUCUUCCAUGGUUUUAUUCCAGCAGCAAUCACACUUAUGAAGAAUGGAGCAAAGCUGAGCCUGACUGAUAACAAUGGUCUGACAGCACUGGAUCUAGUGCUUUGUGAUCGACCUACACAACCUUUUGAGUUCAGUAUUUUGGGUGCUGAUGACCGGAUCUUUGAACUGUAUGCCUGGGGAAACAAUGCCAACAAUAAACUGGGUAUGGGAGUCACGGAAAGCAAGACACAGCCAGAUAUAUUUGACUGCUUUGGAAGUGACUCAGUUCAGAAGGAAUCUGUCCAGAUAUCUUUUGUAUCUAUGAGUGAAAACCACACCUUGUUCCUGGCAAAAGGAGGGAAAGUUUUCAGCUGUGGCCUUGGUCUUGGGGGACAAUUGGGUCUUGGAACAGAGGAUAGCCAGGUAACACCAAAACCAAUAACUUGCUUUGGGACAACUUAUAAAUGCAUUUCAGUUGCCACUGGCUCUGAUCAUUCCCUCUUCCUCACGCAAGGUAACACUGUUUUGAGUUGUGGAAGCAAUAGUUAUGGACAGCUUGGACAUUCUUUAGGACACAACCAUCGCCUCUUAAUUCCAAAAAUGCUACGACUUCGUCAAUUGCAUGGACCAAUCAAAGGAAUUGCUUGUGGUCCAUUCCACUCCAUAUUCUACUCUUCUACUGAAAUCUUCACAUUUGGUAAGAAUGCAGGACAGUUGGGUCAUGUGGAAGGUGAGGAUAUGAUCACUGCACCCACACAGGUGAUGUGUCUUCCAUCAAUUGAUGGGAUUGAAAAUGUAGCUGCAAGUGAAGGAGCCACAGUUGUUUUGGCUACAGAUCAUUCUGGUUGCAUCAUUCUUCUUCUCAAUAAUUAUCAGUGCCAAAAGUUGGCAUCCAAUUUGCGACCAUUUGGCCAGUGCUCCUUGAAUGUGAGAAAAGAUGUCUUUAUUGUGGACAUGGCUCUCAGCCAGCAAUCUGUAUUUCUUGUCACCAGACAGGGUGAGGCAUAUGUAGCAUCCUGGGAUAUGAAUAAGAGCCCUCACACACCAUCGAAAAAGAUGAAGAAGAGAAGGAAGUACAAGAAGAGAUCAAAAUUGGAUCAAAAGGAAGUCACAUUGGAGAUCCUCCACUUGUCUCGUGUCCCUUUUGUCCAAAGGGGAUUUAGAAUCUUCUGUGAUUCCAAUGGCAGCAAUUUCACCCUUCUUCAGGAACACCCAAAAAGAUCCAUCAUGAGAUCAUGUCUGCUUGAUGAUGAGGAACAUUUGUUCUCUCCUAGUACAAUGAGAAGAGACAUGGAAGAUCUUCUGAAAAAUGCUGCUGACUUGGCUCCAGACAUCACACUGCUAGUGGAAGGUGAAAGACUUGCAGCACAUUGUCUGAUCCUUAAAGAGCGGUGUGAAUAUUUCCGGAAUCUCUCUGAAACUGACACAGGUGCCAUAAUCACUCUGGAUGGGAUCAGUUUUCAGAUUUUCCCCCAUAUUCUUCACUACAUCUACACAGGGAAUUGCUCUUUCCUUUCUUCAUGGUCUUCCACGUCAAUGAAUCCCUUGCCAUUUGCCAAGGAAGCUGCAGAGCAACUGAAUCUUGAGGCAUUGAUGAAGUACCUGGAAUCCUGGUGGUGGUCUGGAGGUCAUUUGGUACAGCUGGGUCCUCGAAUCCCAUUGGCACCAUCAAGAGAAGAGUGGUUUACCCUUGGUUCCUGGUCCAACCUAGUAGAUGUAACCCUGGUGAGUCAAGAAGGAAAAGAGUUUCCCUGUCACAAGUGCAUCCUCAUGGCCCGAUCAGAGUACUUCCGCCUUUUGUUUGCCUCACACUGGCUUGAGGGCCAAGGGACAAAGGAAGUUCCUGUUGCAAUUGCAGCUGAUAUCCUUGAGGUCAUCCUUGACUAUCUGUAUCAAGAUUCCUGUUCUUGCAUCUCUAAGGCAAAUGAUUGCACAUUCCUUGCACAAGUACUUCUUGCUGGUGAUCAACUCCUCCUGGAUCAUCUCAAGGCAAGCUUGAGAAAGAAAGAUUUGCAUCCUUGUCCAUUUGUCAGAAUAUUGCUUGAUUUACACAGCAUAUUAAUUAUUGGAAUCCUGAUGCAGAGAAAGUGUGAAGUGCGCUUGGUGAAUAUUAUGACCCUGAGGAAUGCCCCCUAUAUCCUGGACCUGGCUUUCAUGGGCAAUGCACCAAAGCUGAAGGAUGCAGUCACUGAAUUCAUCUGCCUCAAUCUUGCCUCUUUCCUUGACUUGAGGUCCUUAGAAGAAUGCAGCAAAGAUGCCCUAGAAGGCCUGGCAUUAUACUAUCGCUCCAAGCUGCCUUCAGUCUUGAGUCGCAUCCGCACCCCUCCUGCCAAGAGUCAUAGUAAUUCAGCAUCCAGACUGUCAGCCAACGAACUCAAAGAAAUUGCAGAUGAGGAUGAAGGGGCCAUGGCAUGUGAAGUACAAGCAGAAAGUGGCAGCCAAGAAUUUGGAGAAGCCCCUUGGCCAAUUCAACAACUGGAUGUUGCAUCCACUUCUUUUGGAACAAUGGGAAGCAUGGAAGAAGUUGAUUCGGAUCCCAACUCUGACUCUUACGAUGACUGGUUGGAUGAAAAUUACAACUGGUCAGAUGAUGAUUAUCCCUAUAAUUCUGAAGAUGAUGAGUAUUACUACCUUCAUGGCUGGUGA